AUGUCGAACCCACUUGCCCACGCUAAGAUCGUUCUCCGCAAAUCCAGCGAGCGCGGAUACGCCGAACAUGGCGGCUGGCUCAAGUCAUUCCACACCUUCAGUUUCGCCGGCUACUGGGACCACAAGUUCAUGAACUUCGGAAGUCUACGAGUUCUGAACGAAGACCGCGUCUCAGCCCGCAAUGGCUUCCCAACACACCCCCACCGCGACGCAGAGAUCUUCAGCUACAUCCUGAAUGGUGAGCUCACCCACCGGGACAGUAUGCUCAAGAAAGGCGCCGAAGGAGAGCAAGGAAAGUCAUUUUACCGCAUGAAGCGGGGCGAUGUGCAAUUCACUACUGGUGGAACUGGUAUCGCACACUCUGAGUUCAACGAGUCCACGAAACCAGUCCAUUUCCUCCAGAUCUGGGCUCUGCCCUGGAAGAAUGGUCUCAAGCCUCAGUACCACACUAUGUCUUUCAGCGAGGAGGCGAAGCGCAAAGCCUUUGUUCCUAUUUUGUCGCCCCUGGCUGCGGGACCUGAGGCUACGCCGGCUCAGGAAGCUGCCGCUGAGCCCAAGCUUCCUGGAACCAUUCCCAUUCAUGCGGACUUUGUUAUGGGUGCUGGAAUCAUUGAGCCAGCUUCGACGUUCAAGUGGACUGUUGGCGCGGGCGAAAUUGUCGAGUCUAAGAAGAAGCGCAAUGUUUACAUUCAUGUGCCAAUGACCAAGCAGGGCAAGUCCAAGGUCAAGAUCGAUGGUCGGGAAGACGCCAUUCUUGAGGAGGGUGAUGGUGCCUUUGUGACAUUGGUCAAUGCUGGUGACGCACUUCGUGUGGAGAGUAUUGGAGAGGUGGAGGCUGAGGUUAUUGUCUUGGACAGUAACUAA